AUCCCAUCCCAUCCCCGUCAUCGUCAUCUCCCCCUCCUCCUUCUCCUCCUCCUCCUCAUUGUCCGUCGUGUCGUGGGCCCUCGGACUCGAAUCCUAGUUCUCAUCCUCCUCCGUUGUCAGGACCUCGAUCUCAUCCUUAUCCUUUUCAGCUAAUCCCUCCCUCAUCCUCCGUCCUCUCCUCCUCCCCCUCCCCCUUUCUUCUUCCGUAAUAAUAUACUUGCUCCAUCGAUAGGCCUUUGCCAAGUCUUCUCCAGAUUACGUCUCGGUCAAGAUUACAGACCAUAUUGCUAUCAUGGACGCACACGCACCCAUCACAUACUACCAGACGACCAUCCCGCCAGGACACCCGAUGCCAUACCCAAAUGGACGAGCCUCGCUGGGCGUAGGUGCCUUGACCCCAAUAUCUAUGGAUUCGAUGGGCACCAGGAUGCCUGUCUACUCCAACCAAGGCCAAGCGCCCCCUACCGACUCUGGUUAUGGCUCGGCGCAUUAUCAUUCUGCAGCAACAACAUCUGUUCCGGUGCAGCACCAGCAAUAUCAGCAGCAGCAACCCACGACCCAUAUACAUCUGCAACAGCAACAGCAACAACAGUACAUGCCUCUUCAAACAAUGGUAACGCCUAUGCCUCAAAGCCAGCCCCAAUCCCACCAACAGCAGCACCAUCAGCAGCAAAUCCAGUCAAUACAGCCGAUAACGACCUCCCAACACAACAUCUCCCACUCGCAUUCGUACAAACAGCCGCAGCAGCCGCCUUACAUCCAGCAAACGCAGCAGACUCACCUUCAACAGCAGCUACAGCAACAGCAUCAAAUACAGCAUCAUAUGCAGGCCCAACAGGCGCAGCAGGUACAGCAAGCACAACAGCGCCAGCAAAUCCUUGGUCCAGCGGUCGUUACGUCCCACCCCACGCAUCAAUCCCAGAUUCAAGUGCAGCCACAUAUGCAUCAGCAGCUACACCAGCACCCGUCCGUGAAGUCGCAGAGUCAGCAGCAACAACAGCAACAGCAGCAGCAACCACAACAUCAUCAACAUCGUGAUCAUGCGAGAGACCACCGAAACGGCUAUUCCAACUCUGGCGCUAUGGAGCAUGUUAUCAACCCUCAGACCAGCACUCUUCAACUCGCGGAAUUUGCAUCUGUGAUGGUUUAUACCCUCUGGCACACAAGACCCAACAUCAAUGGCGCCUCUAGCAACGCCUACAACGUUGUUCCUCACCGGAUAAGCGUACCUCCGUCUGCUGGACCUGCAUUCAGAAAGUUUUGUUUGAAGGUGUUAUCGGCAACGCAACUGUCGUCUUCGGUCAUUCUCCUAUCCUUAAAAUACAUCCAGAAGCUGCUUAAGAACAAUCCUUCUAUACAUGGACAACAGGGAUCCGAGUUCCGUCUCUUCACAGUUUCAUUAAUGCUUGCCAACAAGUUUCUCGACGACAACACGUUUACGAACAAGACAUGGUCUGAGGUCACAGGAAUCAGCGUGAAGGAGAUCAAUGUGAUGGAGAUGGAGUUCCUGAACCAGGUCCAGUUCAGUCUGUUCGUGAGUGAGGCGGAAUAUCUGGAUUGGCUGCACAGUUUGGAGACAUGGCUCAAACAACAGGGACAGACGCAAACGCAGGGACCCAACUAGUUACUUCAUUAAAGCUGCAACAAAAAUACAUUCUGCAAAGGUGCUCCGUGACCUGAUUAUAGACAUAUGUUACACAAACAUGCUAUUUGUACGUCAGGCUCAGGGUGAAUAGGAUAAAAGUCGAGGAGUGACUUACGCCCUUUCAGGUUCAGCGCGUCAGGCCACUUAGAGUCCUUUACCCGUUGAAGGUAGCAUUAGCCAUGUUCUGGCAGUGUCGUGCUCCCGACCGCACUGGAGGCCGGCCUUGGGGCUCAACUUGUGUACUGCGUCAUAUGUCGAUGGCUGAAAACCACCACAAGUCAGGUCAGGACAGAUGACUGAGCAGCCCUGAGUCU